AUCAUCUUUGGAUACUAAACUACAGCGCGUCGCAUGCUUCAUCUGUUAUUAGAUGCUCAUUGAAAGUUUAUUCAGUGUAAUCUGAGUAACAACAGACGUUCCACAUACUUUCGGCAUGCCGGGAUCGUCUAGCAUAGAUUUACUGAAAAGUAUUACGAAAGAUCAAACAGACAUUGGCAGGCCAGUUCGACCCAGAAGUGUGUACACGGCGUACCCAUAUGUCGACGCAGGAGAAAACCGCACCCAGCGGUUUGCAGAUCAACACAAGGUGUACGACAUCCUACCGCCAUCUGAGCAAUGGAUGCCAUCGCCAAGCACAAGUCCGCCUAUCACGAUCAGCCAUUUAGCUUUGGCUCAGCUAUGGCGCCAACAAGCCAGGAAUGCGAAACGUCUGCAGCCGUCAUGUUAUCUCAGCGACCAAGGAUAUAUGGAAAACUGGCGUGAACCUGAUGCAGAUGUGGGCAUAGGAGCAGCUGUAGCAACAUCACAUGGCACAAUAUCACUUUGGCUUCGAGAACGAGUCAGGAUUGACAUGACAGUUGAUCAGGCAAUAAGGAUUAUUAAUCGAAAGAACAAUAUUGUCUUGACACUCAGCAGCAGUGGCUCUACAUCUUCAUUAAUUCAUCCAAAUGGACGUGUUUACCAGUAUGGUAGUCGUGUUGAAAUUAUGGCUAAUGACCCUCAUGGAAACAACAAGUACGCUAAGAUGUGGUACAAGGGAGUCAGCUUCACAUCAGAAAAAUGUGCUCUAGUUUAUCUAGUGGAUUCUGGUGGUACAAGAAGUACAGCUGAUAACUUCUUGCAAAUGACUCAGGACUUUUCUGUGUCAGUAUUUUAUACAGGAUCACGUUAUGGGCCAAGCUGUUCACAAGAAGUAAUUUCAGUUUUGCAAAAUGGUCAAUAUUGGAUGACAGAUGAUCUCACACAAAACUGGAUUAUUAAUGGAAUUCGAAUAUCUCAGACACGAGAUGGUCUGGUCAGAGUUGCAUGUAAUAACAAUAAAUAUCAACUUCGUACUUCACCUUCUAAUGGCAACGCAUCAUUAUCAACACCUUUUGUACACUGCACUGCUUCUAUGGGACAGACAUCACACCUUUUUGUAAGACGUGGUGAAAGGCGCAUGCAUUAUGAUGGUUCCAGCUUUAUUGUGCGCAAUGCAGGACAUUCAGCUGGAUUUGAUGAGAAGAAUCAAUUGAAAGUAUACUGACUGAUACACUGUAACAGAUAGAAUAGUUAUAUUUUUUGAUGAACAUAUGAUAUUGUUGGCUGUUGAGUCAGAAGAGUAAUUUUUCUGGCUUCUUUUUUGAUAGAAUUUAAUAAUCUAGUACAGGGUAUCCUGGUAUACAACAUAUAGCGUUAGAGUCAAUGAAACUGCAAUAAUGUGUAUGUUAUUGUAUGGCACUACAAAAAUGCAACAAUAAACAGUAGUGAGACACUAAGAGUAUAACAUAUGAUGAAGUGUGCAUGAAGUGAAAUAUGUUUGCUGAGUAAAGUACAUGUGGAACUAUAAGCUACAGAUUUACUUUACAGAUGUAUGUACGGAAAACUCAAAUGAUUGUGUUGUCAUAUGAAACUAAAAUUAAAAUAUUUCAACUUUUGUUAGGUGACUUGAUAGUUACCAAAAAUCACAUUACUGUAUAAGGCAACUGUUGUUGAUGUACUCUCAUUAAGCAAGCAAAGUAGUAAAACCAAUGUUGGGAAAAGUAAUCACAGUAUUCUUCAUUGUAGUAAACCACAAAUUCAUUUUUAGCUUUUACUUAUUUCUUCCAAUUUAUAUAAAUUAUCAAAAUGAUAAUUUUAUUUCAUUUAAAACAGUGAUUUCAUAUGAAUUGUAAUUUUCAAUAUGUAAGCUUGCAUUAAUUAUGUUUUGUUCCAUAUUAUAUUAGUUAAGCUGAAAAUUGACAUAAUACUUUAUUUCAAGGAUUUAAUUCAUACUGUUAUGGAAAAUUACAUUUUGUUUUGUAUUUAUGUUUCAUUUGCAUUUAUGACUGACAAAUUUAAUUGAAAGCCUUGUAAUCAGUAACAACUUAUUUGUGAAUUUACAGACUUAUACUGGGAAUCACAAAAAUAGCUCUUAGAAAUGGCUGAAAGCUUUAAUUGUAUUUUGUUCAUUAAAUUCAUUAUUAAUGUGCUACAGCGGUGACUUCAUUUUAUUUGUUGUUCCUUGUUUUUGCUUUAUGCACUGUCAUUUAAGCAAGCCUGUAAAACCCUCAUUUAUAUAUGGUACAUUCAUGUUUGUACAUUAUGCCAAGAAUUUUACAUUACUUCCAGUUCCUUGUCAUUCAUUAGCCAUGGCUGAACAGACAUUGUCAGUUUUACAUUAAUUUUACCACAUUAAAAUUAAUAAAAAAAGGGCAAUUUAAACUGUGAUACUAAAGUGAGAACAAUAAAACAUAUAUUUAAGAACUA